CUAAUUUCAUAUUUUUAAUUGUGUUCUUAUAAUGAGUUAAUUGUUCUAAUGAUGAACAGCGGUAGAUCUCAUACUUGCCAACAGUCUAGUUCAGGUUUGUCAUCAGCAUCAUUAAAAGAUGAAAUAUGGACAAAUUCACGUAGCAACAUUGUAUCUUUUGAAUCUGAAGAAAAUGAAUCUCUAAAGAAACUGAGGAAUAUCAGAUGGACAAAACAUGGACAUUUACAAAACAUGGAAAAUAUACCUCAGCAUAAUUUAGUCACACCGAGUUCACAUUCUGUAUCUGGAGGGCCAUCAUCACGUUCUAAAUCAUCUACCACCCCACAAUCUAGUACAAAUCCAAAUAUAGUUGCUGUUGUUGAAGGAAGAGGUGUUGCUAGAGGAGAAAUUGGAAUGGCGUCUAUUGAUCUUAAAAAUCCUGUCUUGGUUCUCUCCCAAUUUGCAGAUACUCAAGUUUACCUUCGCCUAGCUGUUCAGCUUAACGUAAUUCAGCCAAUAGAGAUUAUUAUGCCUAAUACCGUCCUAGAUUACGGUACAAGAACUAAGCUUAUUUGCCGAAUACGGGAACUUUUUCCUGAAUUAAAUGUCGUAACAGUUCAACGGAAAUAUUUUAAUGAAGGAAAAGGGUUGCAGUACAUUAAAGAAUUAAGUGCUUCGGAAUACAAAACUGUGGAAAUAGAAGUUACUAGCAAAUAUUAUUGCUUAGCUGCAGCUGCUGCUUUGUUGAAAUACACAGAGUUCAAGCAAAAUAUGUCAUAUGCUUCAAACUCUUUAAAAAUUAUUUACCGGACUAGCGUAGAUACCACUAUGAUAAGUACAUCCACCGCUCGAAAUCUGGAGUUGGUCACGAAUGAAAUGGGUAAAGUAGGCCAUACUCUAUAUGGCAUUUUAAAUCAUACCCUUACUGCGGGUGGAGAUCGUCUCCUUCGUGCAAAUAUCUUACAGCCACCAUGCAAUAUUAAUACAGUUAAUACUAGAUUAGACUGUAUUGCCGAACUUAUAGAAAAUGAGGAAUCAUUUUAUGACUUGAAGUCUGUAAUUAGUAAGUUUAUUGACACGGAACAUCUCUUGUCGCUGUGUGUCCAAAUACCGAAGGAUGAUAAUGUUCGUAAUUGUGAGCAAAAAAUAACUAACGUUAUUUGUAUGAAACAUGCUUUGGACCUAGUAAAACCACUACGUGAUUGCCUAAUUCCUUAUAAGAAUGCGUUAUUUAAGACUUAUUGCCAAGCUUUGUCAGAUGAACGCUUUCAAGAAUUACAGGAAAAGAUAGGCCUCGUUAUUCACAGCGAUGUUCGAUUUCAAAAAGGAGUUUUAAAUAUGCACAUGCAGAAGUGUUUUGCCGUGAAACCAAAUAUCAAUGGGCUUCUUGACAUAGCUCGUCGUGCUUAUUCUGAAUCAGUCAAUGACGUAGCAGAAAUUGUAAAGCAGUUGAAAACUCAGCAUGAACUUCCUUUACAACUAGGCUAUACUUCUACACGUGGCUUCUUUAUUCAAAUACCGUGCAAACAUUUGCCACCAAACAAAGAAUUGCCUGCAAUAUUUUUGAAGGUCAAUAAGAGUAAAAAUUGGAUUACCUGUACGACAGAAGAUCUGAUUAAACUGAAUGAUCGUAUUAAAGAAUCUUUGAACGAAAUUUAUCUUAUGAGUGAUAUCAUAAUCAAUGAAGUUCUUAUUGAAAUACGAGAGCAUAUUGGAUGUUUAUAUAAUCUAACAGAAGCCGUAUCAUAUAUAGAUUUUCUUCUUUCUCUUGCUCAUGUUUGUACCCUCUCUGACAAUGUUCGUCCUGAAUUCUCAGAAACAUUAGCCAUCAAAAAUGGAAGGCACCCUGUUGUUGAAAAGAUUUGCGGAACUACAUUUAUUCCAAACAAUGCCUUUAUGUGUGGAGAUAUGAAUUUCAUUGUUUUGACUGGAGCAAACAUGAGUGGAAAAAGUACGUAUUUGAACCAAAUAGCUGUUCUACAAAUUAUGGCUCAAAUGGGUUCUUACGUCCCUGCUGAAUUUGCAUCCUUUAGGAUAGCAGAUCAGAUUUUAUCUCGUUUGGGAACCAAUAAUGAUAUAGAAAAGAAUUACUCAUCUUUCAUGCUACAGAUGAAAGAAGUAAAUUACAUUCUUCAACAUGCUACAGAAAAGUCUCUAAUAAUAAUUGACGAACUCUGUAGAG